AUGCCAUCUUAAAUUGAUGUUUUUUAAUUAACACACACAUCAACAGAUGAUGAAAUUUAAUUAUGUGUUGAUUGGAUCAAGGCUCAAUUAAGAGCUAAAUAGACUGUUACUUUGUUAGUUAAAAAAUGUUAAAGAUAAGAAUUAAUUCCAUAAGUAACUGUAGAUGUUGUGACAAUGAUUUAAUAAAAAAUCAAAUAAUUGAGUUAAGAUCCUUAAACUAGAUUAAAUGAAGUCUAAGAAUUAUUGCAAAUCUAUAAUUAAAAAGGAGUAAAGAAUCAAACUAUCUUGAUUUAGUUAUAUGUAGAAAAAAUGUGAUUAAUCUUAGAUUGAAUUAGCAAAUGCAAAAUAACCAGAUGCUUAAGAUAAAGCUAUUGAUUUAUUAUGUAAAGUGGAUGAGAAAAUACGUAAGCAAUUCACAUCCCAAUUUUCGUAAUUUCUAAAAGAAAAAAUUAAAUAACUUAUAGAAAAGGGACAAUAGGAGGCAAACCAAUAAGAUUUUAAAGAAGCUUUAGCUUUAUAUUAAAAGGCUUAGGAAUUAAAUAAUUAUUAUGAGGAAAAGGAUACAACAAUUUAGUUGAACGUAAUAAAUUAAAUGAAAUUUAGAUUUAAUUAGGGAAUGCUUAUCAUUCUUUGAAAUAAUAUGAUGAUGCAUUAAAUGUAUGGGAAAAAUCAAUUAAAUAUAUAUAAGGUUAAUCAUAAUAAUAAUAAUUCUAAAAUGAAUUAAUAUACAUGUAUAAUACAGUUGGAUAAAUUUAUUAUGAUAAAAAAUAAAAUAAUAAAGCUACUUAAUAUUGGGAUUCAGCAAUAAGUAUUUUAGAAUAAUAGAAUGAACAAGAGAAAUUAGAACAAUAGUCAAAAUAAUUAUUGGGACAUUUAUUAAAUAAUGUUGGAAUGAUAUAUUAUUAAAAAGGUGAAGUAAAGAAAGCAAUAUAAAACUUUUAAAAAACAAUAGAGGUUUAUGAGAGUAUAUAUGGAAAAGGUCAUAUAAGUGUUGGAAAUAGAUUAAAUAAUUUAGGUGAAGCAUAUAGAAGUGAUAAAUAAUAUGAUAAGGCUUUAGAGAUGUUUAAUAAAGCAUUAAGUAUAAAGAAGGCUGAAUUAUAGGUUUAACCUUCGAAAAGUUUAGCAAGUACAAUAAAUAAUAUAGGGAUGACUCUUUAAAAUAAGCAGUCUUAUGAAGAAGCUAUAGAUUAUUUUAAAUAAGCUUUAUAAAUGUAUAAUGAACCAGGUGUGUUCAGUGAUCCAAAUGCUGGAGAUGCUGCUCUAUAAAAGAGUAAUACAAUGCAUAGUAUAGCAGAAUGUUAUAGAGCAUUACAUAAUUUAGAUUUAUGUAUUUAGUAUUUUAGGGAAGCAUAUAAAUAUAAAGCAUAAGAGUUGAAAAUAUUUCAUAAAUCGACAUAACAUACAGCUAUUCAAUUAGCAUCAGCAUUAUUUUAAAAAAAUUAAUUUGAGGAAUCUUUGAAGAUUUUUGAGGAAGUAUUAGAUGGUUAAAAAUAAGUUUAUGGUUAAGAAUCAUAAAUAGUUGCUUAAACAAUAAAUAAUAUAGGAACUGUGUUAUCAGAAUUAAAACAAUAUUAAAAGGCCUUAGAAAAAGUAUAGGAAGCAAUAAGAAUAUUUGAAAAGAAACUAGAAAAAAAUGAUCCUUAUCUACAAAAAGCUUACGAUAAUAUGAAAAAUAUAAAAUAAAAAUUACUGGAAUGA